GUACUGCUUGUACAAUAAAGUUGCAUCCGUUUGAAUUGACAUCAGAAACUAUCAGAGGCAAGAUGGCGGCGUCCGUGCUGGGGUCAAUGCUGCGCGGUGCCCGGCAGUUGCUUUCUUUGCCACCAGUGACGUCCUCACAACAAGUGAGAGGUUUCUAUGUAGACUGGCGAAUGUGGCGGGAUGUGAAGAGAAGGAAGAUGGCUUAUGAAUAUGCCGAUGAAAGGCUAAGGAUCAACGCAUUGCGGAAAAACAAUAUCCUGCCUAAGGAACUUCAGGAAGUAGCUGAUAAGGAAAUUGCUGCACUGCCCAAAGACAGUUGUCCGGUGAGAAUCCGAAACCGAUGCGUACUCACUUCCCGGCCGCGUGGUGUAAAGAGACGUUGGCGUUUGAGCCGAAUAGUAUUCCGCCAUCUAGCAGAUCACUGCCAGAUGUCUGGCAUUCAAAGGGCCAUGUGGUAGUGCCACAUUUCAAUACUAAAAGAACUAUAAAUGUCAAACUCCUCGUGUUUUUGGGGCUUACUUGGCAAUCUCUAAUAUGUUCCACAGGAAUUAAAGGUUGUUUUGGGGGUUUUUUCAUUGCAUCUUUGGUGAAUUAUUAAAAUAUUGUCAUUGUUAA